ACGUGAUUUGUUUGUUUUAAACUCGAAAGCAAAGGAAAUAACCGGUCCAGAACGUUAAAAUUAGCAAACGCGACUCUAUCCAAAUCUGUGCAUAGGCCCUCGAUUUAUAUAUAAACCUCCUAAUCCGCAUGCGCCUCCGUUUUUAAUAUCUAUCUAUAAUAUCACCUCCCUUUAUCGUUUUGGGAACGUUCAAAUUAAGCAAAAUCAACAGCUUGGUUUAUUGGUUUUGCGUUGGAUUUCGUCGAGCUCUGUUGAUUAUCCAUUUUCUUCCCCUCCAUUUGAUCUGUUUCUGCCUUUUUCUAUUAUCGGGUGCAUGCCUAUGGAACCGAAUUUCUUUGCCCCUCAGGUACAUGUUGAAUCUGAAGAUUCCAAAUGUAAGCAGCACCAGAAAUCUGUCUCAUCCCCAACAGGUAUGUCAGGUGACAAUGGGGAUUGUUUUGAUUGCAAUAUAUGCUUAGAUUCAGCACAAGACCCUGUUGUUACAUUCUGCGGUCAUUUGUAUUGUUGGCCAUGCAUUUACAAAUGGUUGAAUGUUAAAAGUUCUUCACUGGAUGCCGAUGAGGAACAGCCAAAAUGUCCCGUUUGUAAGGCUAACAUUUCUCCAAAUUCCUUGGUCCCCCUUUAUGGUCGUGGUACAUCCCGAACUGAUUCGGGAUCAAAGAAACCCUCUCUAGAUGUGGUCAUACCCCGUAGACCACUUCCUGCACUGAAUUCAUUGAUUACGAGUCAAAAUCAGCAACUUCAUCCAAACUUCGUUCAGUCACAAUCACAACCACAUACCUUUCAUCAACAACAAUAUUUCCCUAACCCUUACAGAGGUUAUGGAGCUAUGGCCUCAUCAAAUAUUGGUGGUGCUGCAAUGACACAAAUUUUCAAUCCAAUGAUUGGAAUGUUUGGAGAGUUGAUAUUUGCAAGAAUCUUUGGGACAUCGGACACGAGUUUGUUUGCUUAUUCUUACCCAAAUUCUAAUCCUCUCAUGGGAACUUAUAAUCAGAGGAUGAGGAGACACGAGAUGCAGCUUGAAAAGUCUCUAAAUAGAGUGACCAUCUUCCUGCUCUGUUGCAUCAUUUUGUGUCUUCUGUUGUUUUGAUUACAUUAGUUUUCAGCUUUUGUAUAUUUGUAUAAAAGUAACCGAAAGAAGUAAUGAGCAUACUCACAGGAACAAUACUGCUAGAAAUUUUGCUGGAAACUCACUCUGAGUUUUCCCCGAGGCAAUUUUGCAUGUAAAUAAUGUCAUUCUUCCAUAUUAUUACUUGGUAUUAUUUUGUGUUCUGCUGUGAAAGUUAUUGAAUAUGAUACUGUGCUACCUGUUUCUUUAUCUUCGAAACUUAGCACAAUUAAUGGUUUGUGUAAA